AGUCUUCGCUACGAGCCAGAUACCGCUCGGCCGCGGCCGCUAGUCGGCCUGCAGUUUGCGAAAUGCCAUCAGCUGGCUGACGAAUUCGACAAUAGUGACCGCGGCAUUCGCGGGAUGACGGACAAAUAAAUAGUGCCGCAGGAAAGACAACUUGAUAGGUUCCCCCGCGACCAUGUGCCGAUGGAGAUUGGUGGUGCUACAAGUGCUGCUCGUUGCUACUGUCCACGGCAGGAAGAUAGGCUCAUCAGAGCAGACCAUCGACAAUGAUGUGUCACAUGGGAAUAGGUCGUCGCGGUUUCUUUUCGACGCUAUAUUUGGAUUAGAAGUCCCUCUGUUUGAUGAACAAAGCGUCGAAGAAGAAGAGGAAGAUGACUCUCAAACCAAGGAUUGUUCGUGCGAAUGCGGCAGAGCGAACCCACUACCUAGAAAGAUGGAAUGUAACGGUCCAAAUCAAGAGAAUCGUAUCGUCGGUGGGUCUCCGGCGAGCGCCAACCGAUAUCCUUGGAUGGCAAGGAUAGUGUAUGACGGGCAGUUCCAUUGCGGUGCAUCUCUACUCACCAAGGACUAUGUACUCACUGCGGCGCAUUGCGUUAGGAAAUUAAAGAGGUCGAAGAUCCGAGUAAUCUUAGGCGACCACGAUCAGACAAUAACAAGCGAGAGCGCAGCCAUCAUGCGCGCUGUGAACACCAUUGUCCGACAUCGCGGCUUUGACGCUGAUUCCUACAAUAACGAUAUCGCACUACUCAAGCUACGGAAACCAGUCAACUUCUCGAGAAUCAUCAAGCCAGUUUGCUUACCGCCCGUUGGCACGGAACCAGCGGGUAAAGAAGGCAUAGUAGUCGGUUGGGGCCGUACUUCCGAAGGUGGUCAGUUGCCGGCGGUCGUGCAAGAAGUCAAAGUGCCGAUACUUUCACUGAACCAGUGCCGCGGCAUGAAGUACCGCGCGUCGAGGAUCACCAGCAACAUGCUGUGCGCCGGCCGCGCCUCCACCGACUCCUGCCAGGGCGACAGCGGCGGACCUUUGCUCGUACAACAAGGGGACAAGUAUCAGAUUGUUGGUAUAGUAUCGUGGGGUGUCGGCUGCGGUCGUCCGGGAUACCCUGGCGUGUACACAAGGAUAACUCGCUAUCUCUCCUGGCUCCGAGCUAAUCUCCGAGACUCUUGUUUAUGUGGAAAUUGAUACUAAUCUUGAUUUAUACGACAUUUUUAAAUAUUUAUUUUUCUACUUAUGAGAUUUUUUCCUUUGAAAUGUCUGAUAGGAUUAAUACGAAUUUAAAUCUGACA